AUGGAGGCUCUUGCUCAUCUGCCUCGCUAUGCUAGGUUCCUCAAAGAAUUAUUGAUGAACAAGAGGAUACUAGAAGAGGUAUCCACCAUUACUUUGAGAAAGGAAUGUUCUACCAUCAUCUCAAAUAGGAUCCCCAGGAAGGAAAAAGAUCAGGGAGGAUUUAUCAUCCCAUGCACUAUUGGUGGAAUUCUUGAUGAGAAAGCACUUUCUAACCUUGGGGCAAGUAUCAACUUGAUGCCUUACAAGAUUUUUCAAAACCUGGAGCUUGGUGAGCUUAAGCUGAUAAAGAUGACUCUUCAACUUGCCGAUUGUUCUGUUCAUCAUCCUAUGGCCAUUUUUAAAUAUGUGUUAGUUAAGUUGGACCGAUUUAUUGUAGCAAUUCAUAGAAUAUUUUGA